AAAAAGUGAGACAGACUGCGCAGUUCAUCACAACAUAACUACAUGUAUCUGUAGACCGGUUUACCACGGCACAAUUAGGUAAAUACUGUAUAUGACAACAUACCUAUCUGUAGGCCGGUUUACUGCGGCGCAAUCAGGAACAGAGAAGAACAGUGACAGAUUAAGAGGGAUUACAAGGAUUACAACGCCUUCCCUUUACGACAGAAAAAGUACCGUCCCAGGUAGAAACUCUGUGUACGCCGUUUUACAUUUUCUGGAUCCGCCCGGCUUGCAAAUGUGUGCUACUUAAGAUCGUCGAAAGGAUAGCAAAAGAGAAUAAGACCCCUCCCCUUACGAUUGAGGAUUUAAGUUUUGGAGUAAUGAGAGAAAAAUGCUGACCGCUGAUUGAUCUGCACUAUACCAUCCCAACCGAAUUUUACUAGUGUUUAGGUACCGGGAUAACGAUGGCGUGCUCCAAAUACAAGUCGACAAAAGAAACAACGCAUGCUGCCCGUCUAUCCCGGUUAUUAGUGGACCCUUGUACGGACCUCUUCAGGGACCUUCUCAGGAACCAUAUCACAGAAAUCGCAUUUCUAGGUGUCCUCCGACAAAAGAAAGAUAAUAUAUGUCGCGUUCUCAACAAAGUUCAAAGAGGGCUACUGUAUCCCAACAAACGAUCCUUCAAGGGAACAUACAAUGACUUCGACUUAUCUUUAUUGUAUGUUUUGUUGAGAAACGCAACAGGUAUUGUACCUCACAAAAAAGGAUGGGCCAAUCCCCUAGAUCCCUCAGAUCGGUCCGUGUCUGCUAAUAUUGACCGUAUUAGGGAGAUACGUAACACCUAUUGCGGUCAUGCAACCAGGGUCUCUCUAUCUGACCCAGAGUUCCAAAACCUCUGGCAGGAACUGACAGUGAUAAUCGGAGAACUUGAGGGCAGUCUUCCAGGAGGAUCUACAACAUACACAGACGCUGCAAACCAGAUUAAAAUAGACACCAUGGAUCCUGAGCAGGAGAAGAAGUAUCUGGAUAUUAUUGAUACCCAAUAUCAAUCCAUAGAAGUCCUGAAGGGAACAACUAUUGAAAUACAAGAACAAGUAGCUGAUCUGCAAGAACAAGUAACCGAUGUACAAGAACAAGUAACUGUGGUACAAGAACAAGUCACUGGACUACAAACGACAGUAGAGAAUCUGAAAAUAUCAGAUGCAAAGUCUCCCAUUCCUCCAAAUGUUAGAGAACAAUAUGAUAUUGGUAUUCAAAAUUGGAGAGAGGAAGACAAGCAUUACUACGAAACCCACAGCUUUUCCUCAAUGAUGCAGAAAGUGAGGAAGGAACCUUACGUAACAUUUGUUGGUGUGCCUGGGUCUGGGAAAUCCGCCACAGCUCACCAUAUCGCCCUCAAGCUCCAGGAGGAAGGUUACGAAAUUGUACCAACCAAAGAUGUCAGGAAAAUAGAGGACUAUGGUGACUCCAGGAACCCGCAGGUUUUUGUUAUUGAUGAUGUAGUGGGUGUCUUUGGUCUCCAGAAAAGAAAAUUAGGUGUAAUGACUAAAUAUAAGCUUGAAAUAACGCGUCCUUGCAUGUUUAAGUCUAAAACGUUGAUGACAUGUAGAGAGACUGUGUUCAAUGAGACACUACCUUACAAAUCAUUCAUUACCAAAGAAGAGACUGUGAUUAAGUUACACAGUUCUGAUAAUGCAUUAGAUGGCAAUGACAAAUUAAAGAUUCUCCAGAUGUAUGGUUUAAAUAUAGAUCUAAUGUCACCUGCAUUGCUGACAUCAACAUCUCGCAUGUUUCCUCUUCUUUGUAAAUUGUUUUCAAAGGAAACAAAAUUGCAAGCUCUUGGUUCAAAGUUUUUCACGAAUCCAAUCAAAUGUAUCAAUGAUGAACUUGAUGAUAUGCAAAGUCAAAACAAACUGAAUUAUGUAACACUUGUUUUAUGUAUGCUAAAUGGAAAUUGCCUCUCAAAAGACGUUCUAAAAGAUAGACGAAAUCAAUAUUUUAUGAACAUGAAAAUUGACACUUUGGAAAAUUGUGAAUUAGAAAGCCAAACCGAUGCAUUCAAGUUUGUGAAUGCCUUGUCAGCAAUGGAGGGAACAUACACAAAACAGUGUGCUGCACAAUACACAUUUAUACAUGACUCCAUGUUUGAAAUAUGUGCUUAUCAUUAUGGAAAACAGUUUCCUGACCAAAUUUUGCUGUAUUUGAAUAGUAGCUAUAUUGCUAAUCAUGUCAAACCACAGAUAAACGAAUCAGAUAUUGUGAACAAGGCGAAAGAAAAACAAGAUGAUUCUAAAUUUAUUGAAGGGAGCGAGAGUAGCAAUGAUAAUGAUAGGAAAGAGAACGAGGUUGAUGACAGAAACAGCGAGAGAGAGGAAUCGUUUGAUCUGUGUAUAAGGUUACGUGAGGAUCAGUACCCACUGUUAGCAGAGAGAUUGUACAGAGACAUACAGAACAUGGAGCUGUAUGAUGUCUUCAGAAAUCAGGUUUUAAAACAUUUCCAGGUCUGUCAGGUUUUUAUUGGUUUGCUAGAGAAACAGUCAUACACGGAUGUGAAAGAUUUGUUUUUGUCCAGUCAGCAAAACGUAGAUAAGAUAGUGAGUAAACAAAAGUGUGUGUUGGAUGAGAGUGAGGAUUGGGGUGAGUUGGUGAGACAGAAGGCUCUGGUGAAUUGGAGACCUAAAGAAGAUGAUACGGGAGAAAUACUAUCUAAUGUUCAUGACACUGUCGAUGUCAGAGUGAUCAGCUGGGUGAUCUAUUACAGACAUCCCCAGAUUUUACAAUAUUUAAUACAACAGACGGAACAACACAAUGAAGUAAGUGAAAUAUUUGGAAUAACAGAUGAUAUUCCUUACCAAUCUAAAAUUAAUAGUCCUAUGAUUGAUAACAAAGGUCAAAUGGAGAGAGAGAUUGAGAAUUUACAGGAGAGAGAGAUGCUUAUAGAACAGCUUAGGUUACUUCUUUUGAGUUGUUAUAGUGGUGAUGUACAGACAGUCAAAAUAGUUCUGUCCCAUGUCUGCAGGAAGUCAAUAGAUGGGAUAGAUCAGAUCACUGAGGGUAAAUACUUUCAUUGGUCUUCUUAUUUACCUCUUACUGUUGCAUGUGUAGAAGGACAUAUCAACAUAGUGGAGGAGCUCGUGAAGGCAGGUGCUGAUGUCAAUAUACAGGGUAAAUGGAGAUAUACACCACUGGUAACUGCAUGCAAAAAAGGACAUGUGAGCAUAGUUGAGGAGCUAGUGAAGGCAGGCGCUGAUGUCAAUCUUCAGGGUAGAUGGGGGGAUACACCACUGAUAGCUGCAUCUGAAGAAGGACAUGUGAUUAUAGUACAGAAGCUGGUGAAGGCCGGGGCUGAUGUCAAUCUUCAGGGUAGAUCGGGAGAUACACCACUGAUAGCUGCAUCUGAAGAAGGACAUGUGAGUAUAGUACAGGAGCUGGUGAACGCAGCUGCUGAUGUCAAUCAACAGGGUAUGAAUGGGAAUACACCACUUGUAACUGCAUAUUUGAGAGGACAUGUGAGUAUAGUGGAGGAGCUAGUGAAGACAGGUGCUGAUGCCAAUCUACAAGAUAAAGAUGGAAAUUUACCAAUGUUAAUUGCGUGUGAGGAGGGACAUGAGAGUAUUGUGGCUGAGCUAGUGAAAGCAGGUGCUGAUGUCAACUUACAAGGUAUGAAGGGAUAUACACCAUUGGCAACUGCAUGUGAGAAGGGACAUGUAAGCAUCGUGGAGGAACUGAUAAAAACAGGCGCUUAUCUCAAUCUACAAAGUAAAUUGAAAUAUACACCACUGGUAACUGCAUGUAAGGCAGGACAUGUGAAUAUUGUGAAGGAGCUAGUGAAGGCAGGUGCAGAUGUCAAUCUACAGGGUAGAAGGAAUAAUACACCAUUGAUAACUGCAUGUAAGGAAGGACAUGUGAAUGUAGUGAAGGAGCUAGUUAAGGCAGGGGUUAAUGUCAAUCUACAAGAUGAUGAUGGGCAUUUACCACUGGUAACUGGAUGUGAGACAGGACAGGUGAGUAUAGUGAAAGACCUGGUUAAGGCAGGCGCUGAUGUCAACCUCCAAGGUAAAAGUAGAAUUACAGCACUGCUAACAGCUUGUAAGGAAGGCUGUGUGAAAAUUGUGGAAGAGCUGGUAAGGGCAGGGGCUGAUGUCGAUCAACAGGAUAUAUGGGGAUAUACAUCACUUGUAACUGCCUGUAAGGAAGGGAAUGUAAGUGUCGUUGGGAAGUUAGUUAAGGCAGGUGCUGAUGUCAAUUUUCGGGGUAGAAGGAAGAACACACCAUUGAUAACUGCAUGUAAAGAAGGACAUGUAAAGAUAGUAGAGGAGCUAGUGAAUGCAGGGGUUGAUGUUAAUUUAAAAGACAUUGUUGGGAAUUCACCAUUAGUAACUGCAUGUGAAACAGGACAGGUGAAUAUAGCAAAGGCUCUGGUUAAGGAAGGUGCUGAUGUCAAUCUACAGGAUGGGGAUGGAAAUACACCUCUGGUAGCUGCAUGUAAAAAAGGAUAUGUGAGCAUAGUGAAGGAGUUGGUGAAGGCAGGCGCUGCUGUCAACCUACAGGAUGAUCGGGGAAAUACAUCACUUAUAUUUGCAUGUGAGAAAGGACAUUUGAGUACUGUGGAAGAGCUAGUGAAAGCAGGGGCUGAUAUAAAUCUACACUAUAAAGUGGGAUAUACACCAUUGAUAACUGCAUGUGAGAAAGGGCAUGUGGGUAUUGUAGAAGAGCUGGUGAAGGCAGGUGCUCAUGUCAACUUACAAGGUAAAAGAAGAUAUUCAACACUGAUUAGUGCAUGUAAGGAUGGAUACAUGAGUAUAGUUCAGAAGCUCGUGAAGGCAGGGGCUGAUGCCAAUCUACACGAUGAAUGGGGAUAUACACCACUGAUAACUGCAUGCAAGAAAGGACAUGUGAGUAUAGUUGAGGAGCUAGUGAAGGCAGGUGCUGGUGUCAAUUUACAGGAUGAAUGGGGAUAUACACCACUGAUAACUGCAUGCAAGAAAGGACAUGUGAGUAUAGUUGAGGAGCUAGUGAAGGCAGGUGCUGAUGUCAAUCUACGUGAUAAAUGGGGAUAUACAUCACUGAUAACUGCCUGUAAGGAAGGACAGCUGGAUAUAGUGGAUUGGCUGUUGAAAACAGGUGCUGAUGUCAAUCUACAGGAUAGUGAUGGGAAUUCACCACUGAUAAUUGCAUUUGAGGAAGGACAUAAAAGUAUAGUGGAAGAGCUGGUGAAGGCAGGUGCAGAUGUCAAUCUACUGUGCAGACCGGGAUAUACACCAAUGAUAAUUGCAUGUGAGAAAGAACCUGUGAUUAUAGUGAAGGAAUUGGUGAAAACAGGUGUUGAUAUCAAUUUACAAGAUGAUGAUGGGAAAUUACCACUGAUAACUGCAUGUAAGGAAGGCCAUGUAAGUAUUCUGAAAGAGCUAGUGAAGGCAGGUGCUGAUGCCAAUCUACAAGAUAAAGAUGGAAAUUUACCAAUGUUAAUUGCGUGUGAGGAGGGACAUGAGAGUAUUGUGGCUGAGCUAGUGAAAGCAGGUGCUGAUGUCAACUUACAAGGUAUGAAGGGAUAUACACCAUUGGCAACUGCAUGUGAGAAGGGACAUGUAAGCAUCGUGGAGGAACUGAUAAAAACAGGCGCUUAUCUCAAUCUACAAAGUAAAUUGAAAUAUACACCACUGGUAACUGCAUGUAAGGCAGGACAUGUGAAUAUUGUGAAGGAGCUAGUGAAGGCAGGUGCAGAUGUCAAUCUACAGGGUAGAAGGAAUAAUACACCAUUGAUAACUGCAUGUAAGGAAGGACAUGUGAAUGUAGUGAAGGAGCUAGUUAAGGCAGGGGUUAAUGUCAAUCUACAAGAUGAUGAUGGGCAUUUACCACUGGUAACUGGAUGUGAGACAGGACAGGUGAGUAUAGUGAAAGACCUGGUUAAGGCAGGCGCUGAUGUCAACCUCCAAGGUAAAAGUAGAAUUACAGCACUGCUAACAGCUUGUAAGGAAGGCUGUGUGAAAAUUGUGGAAGAGCUGGUAAGGGCAGGGGCUGAUGUCGAUCAACAGGAUAUAUGGGGAUAUACAUCACUUGUAACUGCCUGUAAGGAAGGGAAUGUACGUGUCGUUGGGAAGUUAGUUAAGGCAGGUGCUGAUGUCAAUUUUCGGGGUAGAAGGAAGAACACACCAUUGAUAACUGCAUGUAAAGAAGGACAUGUAAAGAUAGUAGAGGAGCUAGUGAAUGCAGGGGUUGAUGUUAAUUUAAAAGACAUUGUUGGGAAUUCACCAUUAGUAACUGCAUGUGAAACAGGACAGGUGAAUAUAGCAAAGGCUCUGGUUAAGGAAGGUGCUGAUGUCAAUCUACAGGAUGGGGAUGGAAAUACACCUCUGGUAGCUGCAUGUAAAAAAGGAUAUGUGAGCAUAGUGAAGGAGUUGGUGAAGGCAGGCGCUGCUGUCAACCUACAGGAUGAUCGGGGAAAUACAUCACUUAUAUUUGCAUGUGAGAAAGGACAUUUGAGUACUGUGGAAGAGCUAGUGAAAGCAGGGGCUGAUAUAAAUCUACACUAUAAAGUGGGAUAUACACCAUUGAUAACUGCAUGUGAGAAAGGGCAUGUGGGUAUUGUAGAAGAGCUGGUGAAGGCAGGUGCUCAUGUCAACUUACAAGGUAAAAGAAGAUAUUCAACACUGAUUAGUGCAUGUAAGGAUGGAUACAUGAGUAUAGUUCAGAAGCUCGUGAAGGCAGGGGCUGAUGCCAAUCUACACGAUGAAUGGGGAUAUACACCACUGAUAACUGCAUGCAAGAAAGGACAUGUGAGUAUAGUUGAGGAGCUAGUGAAGGCAGGUGCUGGUGUCAAUUUACAGGAUGAAUGGGGAUAUACACCACUGAUAACUGCAUGCAAGAAAGGACAUGUGAGUAUAGUUGAGGAGCUAGUGAAGGCAGGUGCUGAUGUCAAUCUACGUGAUAAAUGGGGAUAUACAUCACUGAUAACUGCCUGUAAGGAAGGACAGCUGGAUAUAGUGGAUUGGCUGUUGAAAACAGGUGCUGAUGUCAAUCUACAGGAUAGUGAUGGGAAUUCACCACUGAUAAUUGCAUUUGAGGAAGGACAUAAAAGUAUAGUGGAAGAGCUGGUGAAGGCAGGUGCAGAUGUCAAUCUACUGUGCAGACCGGGAUAUACACCAAUGAUAAUUGCAUGUGAGAAAGGACAUGUGAUUAUAGUGAAGGAAUUGGUGAAAACAGGUGUUGAUAUCAAUUUACAAGAUGAUGAUGGGAAAUUACCACUGAUAACUGCAUGUAAGGAAGGCCAUGUAAGUAUUCUGAAAGAGCUAGUGAAGGCAGGGGUUGAUGUCAAUCUAAUGGAUGAAUGGGGGACUACACCACUGAUCACUGCAUGCGAUAAAGGGCAUGUGUGUAUAGUGGAGGAACUGGUUAAAACAGUGGUUGAUGUCAAUCAACAGGAGAUUUAUGGGGAUUCACCUCUGCUUACUGCAUGUAAGGAAGGGCAUCUCAGUGUAGUGGAGAAGCUAGUGAAGGCAGGGGCUGAUAUCAACCUACAGAAUGAUUUUGGAAAUUCACCACUGGUUGCUGCAUGUGACGAAGGGCAUAUGAGUAUUGUAAAGGACCUGGUGAAAGCAGGGGCUGAUGUCAAUCUACAGGAUAAUUUUGGAAACUCACCACUGGUAAUUGCAUGUAAAAAGGGACAUGUGAGUAUUGUGGAGGAGCUGGUGAAGACAGGGACUGAUGUCAAUUUACAAGCUAAAAGGAGAAAACCACCACUGAUAUCUGCAUGUAAGAAAGGACACGUGAGUAUAGUGGAGGAGCUGUUGAAGGCAGGGGCUGAUGUCAAUCUACAGGAUAGGUGGGGAUGUACACCACUGAUAUCUGCAUGCGAAAAUGGACAGGUGAGUAUAGUGGUCAAGCUGUUAACGGCAGGUGCUAUUGUCAAUCUACAGGAUAAAAAGAGGAAUACACCAUUGAUAACUGCGUGGAAGAAAGGACAUAUAAGUGUAGUGGAUGAGCUGGUGAAUGCUGGGGCUGAUGAAAAUCUACGCGAUGAUCAUAUAAUGACUGCAUUGGAAGAAGGACAUGUAAGUAUAUUGGAGUUCUUCUUUGAUGGGGCUAGUGAUGAUGAAGCUGAUGUUGAUGAGGAGGAGGAUAAAGAUGAUAACGAUGAUGAUAAUGAUGAAAUCCAUAGCAUUUUAGAACUGGUUCUGGUUACUGCAUGUGAGAAAGGAUAUUUGAGUUUAGUGAAAAGGUUGCUGGAGACAGGGGCUGAUGUCAAUCUACAGAGUAAAACGGGAGAUACAUUAAUGAUGAGUGCAUGUGAGAACGGACAGUUGAGUAUUGUGGAGGAGCUGGUGAAGGCAGGGGCUGAUGUCAAUCUACAGGGUAAGAGAGGGAAUACACCUCUGAUGACUGCAUGUGAGAAAGGAUAUGCGAGUAUAGUUUGGGAGCUUGUGGAGGCAAGGGCUGAUGUCAAUCUACGCGGUAAAUGGAAAAAUUCAGCACUGAUAAUUGCAUGUCAAAAAGGAUAUGUAAAUAUAGUUGAGAAGCUAGUGAUGACAGGGGCUGAUGUCAAUCUACAGGGUAAAUGGGGAUAUACACCACUUGUAACUGCAGUAAGAAAUGGCUCUAUGUCAUUAGUAAAAUAUUUAACAGAAAAUGGAGCUGAAUGGGGUACUCAGAUUGUUGAUAUUCAUGCGUCAGCAGUAUAUGGGGCAUUGGUACUGAAUAAAUCAGAUUUAAUGAAAUAUUGCAUACAAGAACAAAAUGGAAUUACUCAUGGUAAAUUCAUCGGAACUCUAAACCUAUAUCAUUGUUUGGUGGAUAUCAGACAUGCUGGAGUUAAAACAGAGAAUAGGGAUGAUGUGGUUGUGACAGACAGAUUAAUAUGGGGUAUGGAUGAAUGGAGAGAUUUGUGGAAGACAAUCAGAUUGGAAGACUGUGAUGCACUGAACCAUUUGUUGUGUGUGGGUCUGGAUGUUAAUUUACGGAUACAGUUUACUAGAUAUGGUGCGAAACCUCUGUUACAUUCACUGAUAGAUGAAUGGUAUGUUUGUUAUAGACUAGAGAAGUUAAAAAUUCUGCUUGGGGCUGGGGCAGAUGCCAGUGUUCGGAUGAGGUAUAGAGAUUAUGGCGGUGUGUUAGAAAGAAAUGGUGUGUCUGCCUUAGAGAGGGCGAACCAACUGGUGCGUGAGUACAGUGAUAGCAAACAUUUGAUUGACAGACGCAGAGCUCGAGAGUACAGGAGUGUGGUGUGUGAGAUAAAGAAUCAUGUCAGAAGACACUCUGUAUAGCCCUGAUAGAAUUGUAGAGAUAUGUUGUUACUGAGUACAAGAAAGAGGUGUGUGAGAUAAAGAAACACGUCAGAAGACAUCCUGUAUAGUAUCUGAUAUAAUUGUAGAGAGAUGUUGUUACUGAGUAAAAGAGAUAAUAAUCAUGUCAGAAGACACUCUGUAUAGUUCAUGAUAUAAUUCAAGAAAGAUGAUGUUAUUGAGUACAAGAGUGUGAUGUGUGACAUAAAGAAACAUGUCAGAAGACACUCUGUAUACAAUCGGAUUACGAUUGCAUCAAAUCGGUGCAUUUCUUCGCCGGAAACGUGCCUGUGGAUGAGGUUAAAAGGCCAAAACCGAAUCCCUGUAUAGUGUGUUAUUUAUAUUUUCGCCACAGAUUCAGUUUUGGUAUCAUUAUCGUCUUAUUCAAUCUAAUGCAUACACAUAUAAGUGGAAAAUGAUAGUGGUAGAAUAACUUAGAUAUCUAUGGUAGCUACAUUUGAAAGCUCGCGUUUCAUAUUGUAACGUACGACUGUGACGUCAUAGUUGCAUUUGUGUACACAUGGCAACAGACUCUCAUGGCGUCGAUCCACAUACGAGGUUCAUUUGCGGUUACGGAAAUAGCCGAGUAGUUACGAUCAACUCUAUAUAGUGUUUGAUAGGUGUCUGUAAUACACUAUACUGUUUCAUGGUAUACUAUGGUAUUGUUGUCAAUAGAUUUCUUGACUAUACAACUUUAAGUUACUAGCAUCUUUGUACAUUAUACUUUUCAAUGAAUUGUCCUGCUUAUCACUUUUACUGUGUCGUUUCCAUGGUUUUUUCUUUUCUUUUGAGAUGUACAUUUCUGUAAAUAUUCAAAACUGUAUAAAACGCAAAAAACUGACUGUCAUCUGCAUACAGAAGAAAAAAGUGUAUAUUGUUUUAGAUGUUCAUGAUACUUACAGUUGCUUUCUAUUGAAUUGUAAUGUAAAUCAUUGAUAGGUGAUGUGCAUGUAUUGAAUUAUGACGUGAAUCAAUCAUAGUUAAUGUACAUGUCUGCAUUGAACUGUAAUCAUUGAUAGGUAUCGUACAUAUGUGUAUUAUAUUGUACAUGUACUGUAACUCAUUGAUAUAAUUGUACUGUUCAUGUGUGUACUAAUUUGCAGUAUAAAUCAUUGAAAUAUAUUGUA